AUGGAGUCAAUCUUUACUCUCUUGCAUAUAAUAAUAGCCAUGAUCAAUUCCUGCAGUGCCCAAGAGAAUACUUGCAGCUUGCGUGGAGAACCUGCAUACCCACAACUAUGGAAGGAUGGUGAUUUUAUAGUUGGAGGAAUUUUCCCCUUCCAUAAUAAAUGGGAGUUCACUGACUCUUCCUAUUCAGUCAUACCUGCAAUAAAUUGCAUGGGCGUGGAGUUCAGAGCCUUCCAGUAUUCACAGACAUUGAUCUUUGCAAUUGAGGAGAUCAACAACAGUUCUUCAUUACUGCCUGGUGUCUCACUAGGUUACAAAAUCUUUGACACUUGUAAUUCAGCAGCAAUGGGUGUGAAAGGAGCAAUGAUGCUUUUGAAUGGAAAUGAUAACUUGAACUCAGAUCAGAUCUGCAGAAAACCAGCCCAGGUGCAAACCAUAAUAGGAGAGACAUAUUCAUCAGUGUCCAUGGCUAUAGCAAAGAGUAUUGGACCUUUCAGCAUACCCUUAAUCAGUUACUAUUCUACCUGUGAGUGUCUGAGUGAUAAAAGGAAAUAUCCUUCAUUUCUGCGCACUAUUCCCAGUGAUUAUUACCAGACCUUAGCACUUGCAGAGAUGGUCAGGCACUUUGGUUGGACCUGGGUGGGAGCAAUAAGAAGAGACGAUGAUUAUGGUAAUACUGGGAUGGCCACAUUUUCAAAAAUUGCAGCACAACUGGGCAUAUGUUUAGAAUAUUCACUUCCAUUUUUUAGAACCUAUUCACAAGAAAAAGUGUUGAGAAUUAUUGAGCAAAUUAAAAGUUCCACUUCUCGAGUGAUUGUGGGUUUUGUCACUCCCUGGGACCUGGAGAUAUUGCUUCAUGUACUUUCUGAACACAAUAUCACUGGCUUCCAGUGGGUGGGAAGUGAGGCAUGGAUCGCUGAUCUAAAAGCAGCUACAUUGGACAAGGACAAUAUACUACAAGGAGCCAUCGGGCUAGCGAUUCCUAAAACAACAGUAACAGGUCUGAAGGACUUCAUUCUAGAUAUAAAACCACUGAAAGUUGUCGGGAAAGCCAUUUUUAGGAAAUUCUGGGAAGCUCUGUUUACUUGUACACAUACAGUGCACAAUAAUUCAGAGAACAUACCAGUAUGCACAGGAGAAGAGGAAGUCUCUGAGAUAGCAAACACAUUCACUGACAUGUCCUUGAUGCCUAUUUUCAGUAAUGUGUAUAAAGGAGUCUAUGCAGUUGCCCAUGCACUACAUGAUUUCCUUGGCUGCAAACAAGCAUGUUCUAUCAAGAAGCAACCUGAUCAUUUCACAUUUCUAGAACACCUCAAAAAAGUGCGUUUCACGACCAAGGAAGGUGAAGAGGUUUAUUUUGAUAAGAAUGGUGAUCCUCCAGCAAGAUAUGAAAUAAUAAAUUGGCAAAAGAAUACUGAGCAUCAAUAUAAAUUUGUCAAAGUUGGUCUGUAUGACUCCACUCUGUCUGCUCAGGAUCGAUUAGCAGUAAAUAUGGCCUCCAUUGUCUGGGCACAAAAUAUAAAUCAGGUGCCAAAGUCUGUAUGUAGUGAGAAUUGCCCCCCUGGCACAAGAAAGGCUGUGCAGAAAGGAAAACCGAUCUGCUGUUUUGACUGCAUACCAUGUGGUGAUGGAGAGAUCAGCAAUAUGACAGAUUCUAUUAAAUGUAAACAAUGCCAGCAAGAUUACUGGUCAAAUUCAGACAAAGAUAAAUGUGUAAAGAAGGAAACUGAAUAUUUGUCCUUUGAAGAAACUAUGGGAAUUUUAUUAACAGCAGUGUCAAUUGCUGGUGCAUUUAUGACAGUGGUAAUUGCAAGCAUAUUCUUUAAACAUAAAAACACACCAAUAGUCAAAGCCAACAACUCCGAGCUCAGCUUCCUGCUGCUCUUUUCCCUGACUCUGUGUUUCCUUUGUUCAUUGACUUUCAUUGGACGACCCUCUGAGUGGUCUUGUAUGCUGCGCCACACAAUGUUUGGGAUCACCUUCGUCCUUUGCAUCUCUUGUGUACUGGGGAAAACAAUUGUGGUGUUGGUGGCUUUCAGAGCUACACUUCCUGGCAGUAAUGUCAUGAAAUGGUUUGGUCCUCCACAACAAAGACUCACUGUCCUUGCCUUCACUCUCAUCCAGGUUCUUAUUUGUGUGCUUUGGUUGACAAUAUCCCCUCCUUUCCCCUUCAAAAAUCUAAUGCACUAUAAGGAAAAGAUCAUUCUUGAAUGCAGUUUGGGCUCAAACAUAGGUUUCUGGGCUGUUUUGGGUUACAUAGGAUUUUUAGCACUUUUGUGUUUCAUUUUAGCUUUUCUGGCUAGGAAGCUUCCAGAUAAUUUUAAUGAAGCCAAAUUCAUCACAUUCAGCAUGCUAAUGUUUUGUGCAGUUUGGAUUACUUUUAUACCAGCUUAUGUCAGCUCUCCUGGGAAAUUCACUGUAGCUGUAGAGAUAUUUGCUAUUUUAGCAUCAAGCUUUGGUUUACUAUUCUGUAUAUUUCUUCCAAAGUGUUACAUAAUCAUCCUGAAAUCAGAGAGGAACACUAAAAAGCAAAUUAUGGGAAAAGCGGCUGCUCAUUAA